AUGCAAACCGACGGCAAAGAUCACGAUGGAGACCCUAAACUGUGGCCACGCAAGAGCAGCCAGCCGGCGCACACCCCCCCCAUCGACCAAGCGAAAGCUCCUCACAGCAGUUCUCUCGUAGACGGCGUCCGCGAAUACCUCAGGCAGCCCCAUAACUGGAUCGCCCCCAUCGCAGCUGCAGGCCUCACUCUCGGCCUCUGGACCUUCUAUCACACGUAUUUGCGCCAUAUCCCUGGUAGCGGCCAUAUUGCACCCAGCUUCUUCCGCCGCCGCAGUCUGCUUGGGAAGGUGACGAGUGUUGGAGAUGGCGAUGGCUUCCACAUGUUCCACACCCCUGGCGGACGCCUAGCUGGCUGGGGCUGGCUUCGGAGCGUGCCCAAGGACAGGAAAGAACUGAAGGGGCGGACCAUAUCGGUGCGCAUCGCCGGCGUCGACGCCCCUGAAGGUGCUCACUUUGGGAAGCCCGCCCAGCCCUUUGCCGCUGAGGCCUUGGCCUGGCUGGAAAGUUAUAUUCUCAACAAGCGCGUGCGAGCUUUUAUCUACAGAAGGGAUCAAUACGAACGGGUGGUAGCGACCGUCUAUGUUCGCAGACCGCCCUUCUUCCUGCGUAAGGACGUGGGGCUGGAGUUGAUUCGACGUGGGCUGGCGACUGCCUACGAAGGCAAGACGGGCGCCGAGUUUGGUGGAUCAAAGAUGGAAGAGGUAUACAAGGCUGCCGAAGCAGCAGCGAAGAAGAAGGGAAAGGGGAUAUGGUCAACGCACAAAGCUGGUGUCCUUGGCUUACGCAAAGCCCAACCAUUCGAGACGCCGAUGGCGUUCAAGAAACGGAUGAAGUUGAAAGACGAUGAAAAGCAGAGCCUGUAG